CAAAUCAAAACCAAAACCAAAACCUCAAAAAUCAAAAUCUUGAAAAGCUCUAAUUUCAAAAAUGGCCAAGGCAGAUAAGAAACCAGCAGAGAAGAAACCGGCGGAGAAAGCUCCGGUGACCGAAACCGCGGCGGCGGGAGAGAAGAAACCAAAAGCCGGCAAGAAACUCCCCAAGGAGCCAGCCGUCGCCGGGGACAAGAAGAUGAAGAAGAGAUCUAAGAAGAACGUGGAGACAUACAAGAUCUACAUCUUCAAGGUGCUGAAACAAGUCCACCCAGAUAUCGGGAUCUCGAGCAAAGCCAUGGGGAUCAUGAACAGUUUCAUCAACGAUAUCUUCGAGAAGCUUGCUGGUGAGUCUUCAAAGCUUGCGAGGUACAACAAGAAGCCGACGAUUACUUCUCGGGAGAUUCAGACGGCGGUGAGACUUGUGUUGCCUGGAGAGUUGGCGAAACAUGCUGUUUCUGAAGGGACUAAGGCUGUUACCAAGUUUACCAGUUCUUAGAUUUUGUGGUUCUGUAAUGUGGGGAGGAAGUACUAGUUUUAUCUGAAUGUGAAAUAUGGGUUUUAAUGCUUUUGGUUUGGGUAAGUAAUUUGGGAAUUAGGGUUUCUCAUUGUGGCACUGUUAUGAAAUUCUAAUUAGCUUUCCAAUGUUAUAUUACUCGGUUUCAAUUCGUAAAAACCAAUCUUUGUGA